GAUACAAAAUAAAAGACCAUAAAGGAUGGUGUCGAUGACGCCAGUCACUUUAUUUUAAAUGCUAACAGGUUUCAAACUUUAAUUCUAUUUAGUUUGUUGAAAUCAAAAACAUAGUACGCCUCGAUAGUUUAAAAACCAAACGAAUACGACUAGGUUUUGUGAUCCGCGCGGUUAAACAGAAGGUGAGACUUCCCCCGUUCUGCUCCUCGGCCGCCAGGGGUCGCUGCAGUGAAGCGAGUUCCUCUGUUCUGCGAUGUUUCGGGGGUCCAGGCUGGUCCAGCAGCGCAGACCCGCGUCCAGAAGAGCAGGGGAAAACUUCAGCAGAGACUCGUCUCCUGAUAACGAGCCCUACGCGGUGUUUCUCCAGACUCGGACUAGGAGCGGGUGACUUCUGGAAGAGCGCGAACAUGGACGACCUAGACGCCUUGCUUGCAGAUCUCGAGUCUUCCACCGCCCAUAUCUCCAAGUGUCCAGUGUUUCUUCCUGAGGAGACACCUUAUUCCUACCCCACCGGAGGGCACUUUUUUCAGGAUGACUCCCCUCCUCCGCCCCUGCCCCCUCCACCCACAUCUGAGGCCCUGAACGGAUCGCUGUCCCCGCGGCCGGACUCCCAGCACUCCUCGCAGCAGUCUCUUGGCUCUGCCCAUAAAAGCACAUUGUCUCGGGACAGCAGUCCACGAGCAUCACAUACAGAAGAAGACCACGUUUACAGUUUUCCUAACAAGCAGAAGCACUCAGACUCAUCUUCCACAGCCAUGACUUCCGCUCUGGGAAGCAACCUCUCUGAACUGGACCGCCUUCUUCUGGAACUCAACGCUGUACAGCAAAACGCCCCAUCUUACUCCACCACAGAAGAUGUUGCACCUCCAUUGCCACCCUGCAGUGUUGCCCACUAUAUCCAGGAAAAUGGAGCCCACCCAGGAAUCACACUGACACCGGCAGACCAGGACAAGCCUCAGAGGAAUGGUUCGAAGGGGACAGAAGAUGGUCGUCCCACUGUGGAAAGUCUCCUGAAUCAGUUGGAGAGCUCUGUGCCUUCCCCAACGCCAAGCCCCUGCGCUCUGACGAGUGAAUUGACAGAUGGGCAGGUGGACACACCUUCUGAGCAGCAAGGCAGAAUAUCAGCCACCUCUGCCACACGAGAACUGGAUGAGCUCAUGGCCUGCCUGUCAGAUUUUAAGGUGCAGAGCAAUCCAAGUUCUUUGGGCUCCCUGAACUCUGAGCCAAUAUUUGAGCAAACCACUACCAUUGCUGAAAUCCACCCUCCUCCUAUGACUGUUGUGUCCAAAUCCCUGUCUCCGAACCUCCCAGCGGAACCAAGACGAUAUUCCCCACGUCUCUCCUCUCCUUUAAACUUUGAACUGCACAUUGUGGAGGAUUCUGGUGAUCCGGGGGCUGUACUUACAUCGUCCAGUGUUGUCCCAAAGCCUUCCUCUCGACUGUCUCCACCUGUAGCAUCUAGUCCUCGUUUUUCUCCAGUACCCGACCUGGACUUGGAUACUUCUAUUGAUGUCUCUGCUUCCCUCCUCUCCUCCCAGGUGGAAUCUCUAGUGGUUCUGUCUCAGACUAUAACCAGCACUACCACACCUGGAAGUGGAGACUUUUGUAGUUUCAGGGAGGGGAGUCCUUCUGCCAGAUUGACAAGCUCUGGGCUGAAGGCUUAUACGCCUAUCACCAAGAGUCCAAGUCCAACAAGUGCCCCAGUGGUCAGCAGAACCAAUGAAAGAGUUAGCCCAUUUAUGACACCAGCAUCCAUUGAUCUAUAUCUCUCCAACUCUGAUGCAAAACCUAUAAGUCCAGUGCCAUCUCUUUCCAGAUCUCCACUUCCCGCAGUCUCUGAAUCACCAUCACUGUUUCUUCCCAAAGCCGUAUCGCCCCCUCUAAUCCUAUCCUCUUCCUCAUCUGUAGUGGUUCCCAAGUCUCCAAGCCCAAAAACAUUAUCAGGACAGCCUCCCACUGGACUUCAACCAUCAACCUAUGAGCCAUCUCUUGAUGAUGCCUUAGAUAAACUCCUUGCCAUGAGCUUCAACAGGCCUGAAAAUGAGGCUCUAGUCACUGCAUCAGCGGCCUCACGGCUUGCUUCGGAAGUACAACCAGAAGUCUACGAGGAGACGAUAGUAGCAGAGGAUCGCAGCAACAUUCAUCCGGACACUCAUACAGAGAGUGAAAUGGGGGACGGGCUCUUAGAAGAUCAGUCGGACUGCAGGAGUGAUCUCGACUGGGCUGACAUGGAACUGAAGAUGGCCUACGAAGGACCUGAUGGCUCUAUGACCCCCAUGACUGAGGCAAGCUGGAUGGAUGAUUCUCUUACUCCAUCGUCUUGCCCUGGAACCCCAGAUGCCCAGAUGGACCUUCCCAUGAUGCAUAUGGCUGGCACAUUGGACAGGAUCUCAGCCUCUGGACACAUCAAAUCUGUGAUUAGACGUACCAAGGAGAUUCAAAACGUCCAUCCCAUGUAUCGAGACGGUCUGAUACGUAGGAAGAUGGGCCCUCUCAUUUUCCACAAGAGCAACUCUCAGGACCGGCUCAUUGAGGAACUGCAAGGCAAGCUGGGAAUUGCCCGCAAGGAUCGUCCAAAAAAGCAACAGCCGGAUGACUGGCUCACAGAAGGCGUCAUCGUCAUGUCCAACCCCAAACGUUCGCGGGAAGACCACAAUAGGGAGGUGGAUAAGAUAAUCAUACCUCCUGAGUCUCCUCUUCCUCAGAGGAAGGUGAUCUUACCUCCCCAGUCUCCCCGAUCCCUCGCCCCUCCCCUGCUGAAGAACCAAAGCGCCCCUCCGGUCAAAUUAGCUCCUGCCCCUAUGCCUCCACCCCCACCACCUGCCCCCUCUCCCCCUCCUAGAGAGCCCACACCUCCUCCCCAGCCAGCUCCACCUCCAGUUCCACCCAAGCCCCCAACCCCUGAACCUGUGGUAGUUCCAGCUCCCUUCCCAAAACCCAGCCCUCCACCCCAACCCACACCCACCCCACCACUUGCCCCUGUGACCCCGCCCAAAGUGCUGAUGUCAGUGGGCUGCCAGACGGAGUAUGACCCGCUCUUCCCUCCACUGCAGAUCAUGGCCCAGGGGAAGGGUCCACAACCGCAGGUUAAUAAACUGGACAACAUGCUGGGCAGUCUUCAGUCUGACCUCCACAAGCUGGGAGUGCAGACGGUUGCUAAGGGAGUGUGUGGCGCCUGCUGCAAGCCCAUAGUUGGCCAGGUGGUAACUGCCAUGGGCCGCACAUGGCAUCCAGAGCAUUUUGUGUGCACACACUGCCAGGAGGAGAUUGGUUCCAGAAACUUCUUUGAGAGGGAAGGACAGCCAUACUGCGAGAGAGAUUAUCACCAUUUAUUCUCUCCGCGCUGCUAUUACUGUAACGGACCCAUACUGGAUAAAGUGGUGACGGCGUUAGACCGGACGUGGCAUCCUGAACACUUUUUCUGCGCCCAGUGUGGGGCGUUCUUUGGUCCUGAAGGAUUUCAUGAGAAGGACGGGAAGGCGUACUGUCGUAAAGACUACUUCGACCUGUUUGCUCCUAAAUGUGGUGGCUGUGCUCGUGCCAUCCUGGAGAACUACAUCUCUGCCCUGAGCUCCCUCUGGCAUCCAGAGUGUUUUGUGUGCCGGGAGUGCUUCACACCCUUCAUCAACGGCAGUUUCUUCGAGCACGACGGUCAGCCGUACUGCGAGGUUCAUUAUCACGCCCGCCGCGGCUCGCUGUGCUCCGGCUGUCAGAAGCCCAUCACGGGCCGCUGCAUCACGGCCAUGGGCAAGAAGUUUCACCCUGAGCAUUUUGUCUGUGCCUUCUGCCUCAAGCAGCUCAACAAGGGCACCUUCAAAGAGCAAAACGACAAGCCUUACUGCCAGGGCUGCUUCAUCAAGCUCUUCAGCUAGAAAGACGACCGACCGACUGAGAGUGUGUGUGUGUGUGUGUGUGUGUGUGUAAGUUUGCAUGUUGUAUCGUUUGCCUGUAUCGUGUGUGUGUGUGCGUGUGUGUGUGUUAUUCAGGUUAAUCGACAUCCCCACAUGACGUUGCUGGUCAGGUUAAAGCGAUGUGCCGUGAAAAGUGCUCUCAAAAGCCAGGUUGUUUUAGAGGGUGUUAGAGGAAAGUGAGACCGUAGACUUUUUUUUUUUGUUUUGUUUUGAGGAAGCGCGUGAAUGUUUUCUGCUCACUGGUUGAGCUGGAGAGAAACCGCUUCGAGGAUGAGACCGGUUUUAGGAGGGACGGCGGGAAACGUGUGCAGCGUGAACGUUUGAGACGCUAUCAGCCGAAGGGAACGAGACAUCAGAUGAUUUUGUGACUGGAAGUCGAAACGAGUUACUGGUGAAGCUCAUGGAAAAAUAUCCAGGUCGUAUAGUGUUAGUUUGAACCCGAAAUAAAUAAUAUUUUGCAUUAUGAAUUUAAGCCAGCUUAAAGACGUUAUUUUCAUUAUUUUUAACAUUACGGUUUUAACCAAAAAACUUUCUCAUGACAGUAAUAUAACAAAAUAUCCUGUUUUAUUAUUGUUAUUAAUAAUAUUUUUUUAAAUAAUAUUUCUAAUAAUUGAAAUGGUGUGAAGCAAAUAUUACUAUAAAGCAUAAACCCUUAUUACUCGUCAAAUAAGCUGCAUUUUCUUUUAUGCAAAGUAUAGUUUGUCAUUAUUUUGGUGUGAAAUGUGGCCUGGAUGUGUUCUCGUGAGCUCCGCCUCCUCAGUGAAAUGCGCUAAACGUCCUCAACGAAUUGCAACUUUUAGUGCCUUGUUUUGUAUCGCGAUUUUAACCGAAUUUAAAAGACGCAAAGUAUACCAAAUGUGUAGUUUUUAAUACGAGAUGUAACAGAGAUUGUAACCGGCGUGGAAGUCGUAACCGAGAGACUGAGAGAAACUUUAAAACCCAUAGAUAUGAAUGUGCCCCGCUGUUGAUGGCGUUGAAUUCGUAGGAGUUUUUUUGCGUCUGAUCUCAAAGUAUUAUUUUAUUAAAAGAACAUAUGGGGGUUGAGUACAAUUUAAGAUACAGAAAAUCAUUUCUACUCAUUUUUUUGUUUAGUGAAUCGAAGGAAAAUACGUGUUUACAGUUUUGAAAGUCGAACCGCGACCCGGCUUCGCACGUGUUUCCUUCAUUUUUACACUGAUGAGUCAAAAGAGCUUUAUUGCUAUUUAACCCAGAAUAUUUCUCCGAAGGAACCCGUCACAUACGGCAAUUUGUGAAAUGUUUUGUAGUUGGGGUGACUGGCUAUUUGAGUUUAAUCACAAAACAAAAAAACGAUCCGCUUAAAGGAAUAGCGCAUCCGAAUGUGAACGUUUACUGACGAUUCGGUUUCUUGGAGAAAUGGAGAAUUGCAAUGGGUGCCGUCAGAAUGAUAAAGACGAAAAGUCCGUCUCCUGUUGUCUGUCGCAUCCAGACCAACCCGCUUAUCUGUUUAGAGAUGAUUUGAAUGAUUGUGACGCUUUUGUUCUGACGGCACCCAUUCACUGCAGAGCAGGUGUGACAUGCGUUUCUCCAAACCUGUUGAGGAAACAAGCUCAUGUACGUCUCGGAUGGCCUGAGAAAUAGUCCCCUUCGGCAUAUUUGCAUGUUGAUUCGGUUUCUUGGAGAAAUGGAGUGUUGCGGUGGAUGCUCUGUAUCGAAUGGGUGCCGUCAGAAAGAUGAAGGCGAAUAGUCCGUCUCCUGUUGUCUGUCUCAUCCAGACCCACCCGCGUAUCUGUUUAGAGAUGAUUUGAAUGAUUGUGACGCUUUUGCUCUGACGGCACCCAUUCACUGCAGAGCAGGCGUUUGACCUGCGUUUCUCCAAACCUGUUGAAGAAUGAAGAUGGCCUGAGAAAUAGUCCCCUUUGGCAUAUUUGCAUGUUGAUUCGGUUUCUUGGAGAAAUGGAGCGUUGCGGUGGAUGCUCUGUAUCGAAUGGGUGCCGUCAGAAUGAUGAAGGCUUAAAGUCCGUCUCCUGUUGUCUGUCGCAUCAAGACCCAGCCGCGUAUCUGUUUAGAGAUGAUUUGAAUGAUUGUGGCGCUUUUGUUCUGACGGCACCCAUUCACUGCAGAGCAGGCGUUUGACCUGCGCUUCUCCAAACCUGUUGAAGAAUGAAGAUGGCCUGAGAAAUAGUGCCCUUCUGCAUAUUUGCAUGUUAAGGCGAACUCUCCCUUUAACGGAAAUCAAAGAUUUGACGUCGUUCGUCUGAAUAGCCGUGACGAUAUCGUGCACUUCUCAACCCUUGAAUCCAGCAUACGAUUUUCGAUCGGAAAUGAGUGUCUGAUAUUGUCUCGCUCGCUCUCGGAAGCAAUUCUAGACAAUGUUGUAACUGCUGUAUUAUGAUAUGCUCUACUAAUUCUUUCUUUUUUUUCCCGUUUUGCAUGAAAGUCUUAAGCGUCUCUCAAAAAGCGAGUUUUGAAAACUCGCGAUGUCAUGAAGGGGUGAAUCGAUGAAGACUUUCUUAUGUUUUUCAGUAGCGCGUCGUCACUGGAGCAGAAGCGAUUUUCAGAUCAAGGAUGUUAAAUGCGAUCCAAAUUGGUGUCCGUUGAAACGCUGCGGCUUUCUGGACGCCUGCCGGCAAAGGUCUCAAACAUGAUUCGUUGGAUGCAUUGAAUAAAUACCAGCAAGUGUUUAUUAUACGAAAGCUUUUAUAUGAUCCAAUGUGCCAGAGAUCUGUCUCAUCAGCUGUUGAGAAAACACUACUUUGAAAGUAGAUGAUACUUGUUCUGGUUUGUGUUAUUAAAUUCACUAUGAAUAUGCCUUCUUUGAUAACUCGGUUGUAAUAAUCCGUCGCUGUUUGUUUUGCUCCUAAUCGCUAUGUGCCAAAAGAAGGUGCGGUGGAGAUCAUACGAUAUCCUUCUGCGUUUUAAUCACUCAUUUACACUGGUCAAACGCUGUGCCUUUGUUUAUUUUGAGAUUUUCUAUCAUAUCAAUUGAUCUGACGCUUUUCUAUUUCUGUCCAUCGAUCGUUAUUUUAGUGUCCCUUUACGUAUAUUAUCAUUUACCCAAUGUGAAAUCAGCUAUGCAUAUUUUUUUUUUCCCUCCUGUAACACUGUCACGUUUUGUUCUGUGAGUAUUAGUUAUUGUUUCAAUUCAUGCAAUUAUAUACAAAUAAAUUUGGUGUUUUAAUGCACUGAA